GACAAUCGUUACGAGUUAAGACCUGUCCUGCUUCCUUUUAUACGAAUGACUUACCUGCAAAAACACCAACUGAAAUGACAAAACUAUUUGCAUAAGAAAAGCCGAUAACAAACCAAUCGCAUGGUGUUUCUAUUGUUUGACAAUGCUCUUUCACAUAUUGCGACUCCCAUGUCAACGUGUACUACAUUUCCUUGUUAUUCUCGUGAUUGUGUGGGAUGAGUCGUUAAAGCACUUUAUAUCAGUCGAUGUUUGUUAAUGUUUCCCUCAUUUUGAGGGAACUCACAGGCUCUCAACACUAUCUUCAAAUUCUUUGAUUGUUUGUAUUCCAUGGAUAACAAUAACGAGCAACUUCAAGCUGCAGUUGGAGAGAAUGAGAAAUUGUCAAAGGCCGGUGACAAAAAUAAGACCGAGCUGCUCGAAGAAAGUCAAACGAGAGAAUUAGAUUUGGUUAGCAAGACAAAACAGUUGGAGAUUGACUUGAGAAGUGCUAAGAGGGCGGAGAAAGCUUGUCGGCAGGAAAAUGAGGACUUGAAAGUUCAACAUGCUACCGUUCAGAAUCAACUCAAGAAGCUAAAUGAAGUAAAAGUUCUGCUUCAAAGAGAGAUUCGUGAAUUAAAACAAAAAGAUGUCAUUUCUGCUCAAGAGUACAGUGAGUUGGAAGAAGAAAACAUUGGCCUGCAAAAGCAACUUUCAACCCUCAAAGGCACGCUUGUUGAGUAUGAAGGACUGAAAGUUGAAAAUAAAAGUUUGUUAGACGAAGUAGAUAACUUGCAGCUCCAAUUUCAAAUGGCAAACGAAGGGAAAGAGCAGUAUCAUAAACAACUAAACGAGGCUCUUGAAACCGUUCGUGAGCAAAGGGAAAGAAACAAUUUGUUGCAAAAGGAAUUACAGGAAGUUAGACAAGAACAGGCAAUGAGAUCUUGGAACAUCGAAAGCGGCGAGGUGAAUUAUGCGAGCGACGAAGAGAAAGAUGAACACCCGAUCAUUCGGAAGAUUACAGAAGAGUAUAGAACUAAGUCCCCUGCGCCUAAUGCCGGAGUUGUUGAUGACCUCAUGAAGGAGCUCCAAAUAUCCGAAGUGCGCGAGUUAGAGGAACAGCUAAAGGUCCUUAGAGGAGAGAAGGACGUCUUAGUAAAGGAGCUUAAUGAUAGAAAUGCACAUUUGUCAAGGUUACAGAGCGAUCUGGAUGCUGUUGAGACCAUUACAGAGGCAAAAAUCCUCUGCGAUUCGUUAGACGAUAGCGAAGAAACGAACGAAAGGGAAUUUGCAUUCAAUAACCAGCUUAGAGAGAUUGAAGAGUUGAAGAAACAAGUCAAACAGCAUUAUGAAAAGGAAAUUGGCUUGCAAGGGUAUCUCAAAGAGUCGCAAAAGGAGCACGCAAAGCUGCAAUCCGAAAUAGGACAGCUCAGGAAAGAAAAAGACGAAAAUGAAUUCAAGUUGAAGGAAGAUUCGAAUAAACUAAGCGAAGAAAUUCGAGAACUAAAAACAAAACUGCGGGAAGCCGAAAGAACUAUCAAAAAUCUUCAAGAUGAUGUCAGAACAAUGAGCAGUCUGGCAGGGGAAGCCCAGGGCGGCCUAAACUGCACGCAAGAUGAGUUAUCUUUUGUUAGCAAAGAUUUAGCAAAGCUUUAUCAACAUGUCAUUGUCACCAGCGGUGAGCUGCCGAAUUCGCCGCCAGUCACUCCGCAGCCGAAAGCAGAGCAACCGUUAUUGCCUGGAACUGGGAAGGCAGUAGGUAAAUCAGGCCCAAAGGAGCACAUAGACCUUUCUAAGGGAUCAGCCGAACAGUGUUACAAGUUGAUUACUAACGUGAAAGAUCAAGUGCGCUCAUUGACAAGCGCCAUAGAAAAAGCAGUGGCCAGGUCACGAGAAGAAGGAAGCAGAAUGGCGACCUCCAAUCACGACGAGGCGUCGGUCGCAAAUGAUGAGUCACUACGCGAGCAAAUUUUGAAACUGCAAAGUCUCUUAGCAACUAAGCGAGAACAGAUCAGCACUUUGCGAACUGUACUUAAAGCAAAUAAAUCAACGUAUGAAGUAGCCCUUGCGAAUCUGAAAUCUCGUUAUGAAAAUGACAAAGCUGUGCAAACUGAAGCUAUGGCCCAGCUUAAGAGGCAAAUCAAAGCUCUAAAAUCGGAGUGCCAGACAUUUGCUUCGCUAAGAAGCAUGUUUGCUGGCCGUUGUGAAGAGUAUGUCAACCAGUUAGACGAACUGCAACGAAAGUUGAAUAGUGCGGAAGAGGAAAAGGCUACGUUGAAUCAUUUGCUCAAGCAGGCAAUACACCAAAAAAUAGCGCUAACACAGAGGCUUGAGGAGUUCGAACUUGCACGGGAGAGGCUGCGGGCCUUCACGAGGAAAAGUACAAGUACCAAAAAGCCAUCAAAUAAUCCCAAAAGACCCAUAACACGUGUUUGAACAUCGCUUAAAUGAAAAAUUUAUUUAUCGUUUUAUGGAUCACUUUAUUUUAACGUAAAUACAUAGAUAUAUGUUUCUAGUGAGAAAUGGAAUGUAACCUUGAGACAAAAUGGUUUAUGGCAGUUCUAAAAGGGGGAAUAUUUUUCGCCCAUUUGAUACUGUUACCUGACCUUCACUCUAUCGUCUAAUAGUAGCCAGGGAGAACAAAUAAUUCCCAAAAAGCAUUUUAGCAAGCCUGAGUUUUUUGCCAUAAAUUAUUUUGCUUCUGUCAAUGGAUAAUUUGAUUUAGCAUGCAAAUGCAACACAAAACUGUCUUUUUCAGUAACUCUUACAGUUUCAUUGUUGGAAA